AUGGAUAUUGUUUCCACUGAUCUAACUUACAAGAAGAGGUCGGCCCAAAACAAGAAGAAUAGGAGGGGCGACUCAAUGGAAAAUGCGAUUGAAGCUACCCACUACCAGGGUUCGAUGUCAGCUGUACAACAUGCUAAACGGAUGGCGACAAAGAAUAAAGGCCAGCUCCCAACAGCUCAUGAGCUUUUUCUGAAGACGCACUUCAAGGAAGUGUUUGGGAAAGGCACAGUACCAACCAACACCAAAGCACAGCAUAUUGCGGAGGCCUACCAGAAGAAAGUUGAAGAAGCAAGCACCCAAGAGAUUCGAAAGAGUCCAAAUGAGUUGUAUUGGGAAACUGUAGGUGGUCGCAACAAGAAGGGUCGUGUGAAGGGACUUGGCCAAGGUGUAGAGCUAUAUUAUGGCAACAGGAAGGGUUCAGAUUCCAAGUCUUCCCAGCAGUACACGUCUUCCAUUCUUUCCCAAAUGCAGGAUCAGGUGGAACAGAGGGUGGAGCAGAGGGUGCAAGCUAUGCGGAGUGAAAUGGAAGUCGAGAUGAAGGCUCGAUUGGCCGAAAUAGAAAGGAGAAACCAAGAGAGGUAUGAAGAGAUGAUGCGUCAAUUCUUUAACAACAACCCAUGUUCCAACAUUCCACAUCAGCAUCGAGACCCCACGAACGACCCGGGUAGUGGCGGUGCAGGGCAAGGUACUCCGGAUGUAGCUUAG